AUGUCCCGAUGGAUAUUUUUUGGAUUCUUUGAAAUGUUCACUUACACCAGCGACAACCACAGUAGCGACGACAACGCCUCUGCCAACGACAUCUACAAUUGCCAUCACAAUUUCUGUCGAAAUCCAACUGGAGACGAGUCUGGCCCUUGGUGCUACGUAAAAAGCGAUGAUGACAAGUUCGUUGAGUGGGAAGAGUGUAAUGUUGAUCAAGUCCAAUAUUGCAAAGAUCCCGCUGCGUAUGUCGAGAGAGAUGAUGUUAAACCAGAAGAGACAACGACAAUGGCUAUGGCUUCGAAAAUUUAUUCACCUACUUUGAAAUAA